AAUAGGAGUAUUCUUUUACAUUUAUCAGUUCCCACAUUCUGGAAUUUUCUCGACAUUGGAACCCUCUAGACAUUUCUACAUUCCCCACCUUCCUCCAUUUACACCUCUUCUCCUCUGUCCUAAUUCCUCCAUUUUCAGUUCCAUUUCCUUACUUUCACUUUCACCUAAAUUAUCUCUCUGUUCUUCAUAUUCAAUGGCAAAGUAUGGCGAAGGAGACAAGAGAUGGAUUGUAGAAGACCGUCCAGAUGGAACAAACGUCCAUAAUUGGCACUGGUCUGAAACUGAUUGUUUCGAAUGGUCUAAAUCUCAACUCAGCACCUCCCUUUCUUCACUUCCCAUUCUUUCCGGUGAAGAAAAUCUCUUCAUCAAGACCAAAAAACUUGACAAAAUUGAAGGUGAAGCUUAUGUCAACAUUCGUAAAGGCAAAAUCAUACCUGGGUAUGAAUUAUCUCUUUCAAUUUCAUGGGAAGGUGAAGUUAAGGAUGAAAACGGUGAAUCAAUUUUGAAAUCUGAAGGGAAAAUUGAGAUUCCGUAUAUAUCUGAUGAGAAUGCUGGUGAAGACCCAGAUGUUAAAAUCAUGUUUUCUGAUGAGGGUCCGAUUGGGAAAAGGAUUAAGGAAGCAUUUAUGGUGAAGGGUAAAGAAUUGAUAUUAGGGAAAGUGAGGGAGUAUGUGGAAAGUAUGGCUAAAGGUGGGCCGUGUAAGGGUGAGAUUGAGGCCAAGAAGGUGGUUGUAAAGGGUGGUAGUGGGACCCACAAGGAGGCGGAAGCGACGGCGGCAACAACUACAAAGGGUGUGAAGGAGGUGAAAGAGAGAAAAGGGUUUAAGACAAUUAAAUUAAGUGAGAAAUUUAGUUGUAGGGCGGUUGAUUUGUAUGAGAUUUUAAUGGAUGAGAAUAGGUGGAAAGGUUUUACUCAAAGUAAUGCUAAGAUAAGUAAGAAUGUGGGUGGUGAGUUCAGUAUUUUUGAUGGGUCUGUUACUGGUACUAAUUUGGAGUUGCAAGAAGGGAAAUUGAUUGUUCAGAAAUGGAGAUUUGGUAAUUGGCCAGAUGGAAUGUUCUCUACGGUUAAACUGACAUUCGAGGAACCAGAACCAGGUGUCACAAUCGUCAAGUUGGUUCAAACCGAUGUUCCGGAAGAGGACAGAUACGGAAAUGAAACUGUGGUGGAGAACACGGAGAGAGGCUGGCGAGAUCUGAUCUUUCACAAAAUCCGAGCAAUCUUUGGAUUCGGUCUUUGAAUACUCGACAAAGAACAUCCCAUUAUUUUUUCGAGUGUAACACACCAAUGCCGAAAUGCCCAUGUUAGCCAUGAAUGUUAUUUGUUGAAGUGGCUGGACUAUCGUCUAUCUGAUUAUCGUGCAUGUAUUGUGGAUGUGCUUUUGUUCAACGAGUUUUGAACUAAAGAAGGGUUUUUUCUUUUAUUGUUAUGUCGGUUUUUUAGUCGUUGGGUGUUAGACUAUUGGUUGCUCGCAUAGUGUUUCUACUUCACAAAGCUAAUACUAUUAAAUUUAUACUAAAAUUUAAUUUCGUUACAAUUAGGGCUUAAGUAUUCAAUCAUAUAUUGGAAUGAGUUUUAAGUCUUGUUUUUCCUAGAAUAUGUUAUGUUAUUCAAGGGUAAUGAAUCUCUAAUUCUCAAAUAUAUUUCAUCAUAAUUUUUAAUACCAUGUAAAUACCUUGUUUCUAAGUGU